AGCACCUUUAUUUUAUCAGGAAAAAUAUUUUGACUUUCAAGUCUCUGCAGUCAAGAGAGAAAGUGAGAUACUCAAGAAUGAAAGGAUUCAGACUGUGCUUUGGUAUCCUGGUAUUCCUAGAUCUUGCCAUAGGCUGCUGCUCUUAUGCCCUAAAUGCUUUGCCAGAUAUUGGAAAUAAAGAGUUCAUUGAGGAAUGUGUCAGAGUGCACAACAAUUUUCGGUCCAAUGUAGAUCCACCUGCCAGCAACAUGAAGCGGAUGAGUUGGGACUACGCUCUAGCAAAGACAGCUAAUGCCUGGGCAAAGAUGUGCCAAUUCGAACACAAUGCUGAGCUCAAAAUUCCACGGAAGGUCCACCCCAACUUUACAGCUGUUGGUGAAAAUAUUUGGACUGGUUCACUUGGCCAUUUUAAUGUGACUUCAGCUCUCGUAUCUUGGUACAAUGAAAUCAGAUAUUACAAUUAUGCCACCCAGAAGUGCAGUCAUGUGUGUGGCCAUUAUACUCAGAUGGUUUGGGCUACAAGCUACAAAAUUGGUUGCGCUGUUCACUUUUGCCAAAAAGUACAUGGCUUUUCUCUACCCAAUGCUGCACACUUCAUUUGUAACUAUGGACCCAGUGGGAAUUAUCCAACCAGGCCAUAUAUGAGUGGAGCAGUGUGCAGCAAGUGUCUCGGGGAACCAUGUACAGAAAAGCUCUGUGGUAAACUCGAGGAAGAAGCAGUUUGCGACCAAUACUGUAUCAGCAUUCUAGUACUGAGACCAUCUCUAGCAGUACUGACUUUGGGAGUAGUCUUCAUUGUUCAGAGGCAUUAUCCCACAAUGAAUAUAUCUGAGUGAGCUGGCACCAUGGCUGAAAAAGUAACUUCACUAUGGAAUAAAAAUCUCAUAUAGAGGCAAGGGAAUAGGUAUAUCCAGUUAGGAGAUUUGGCUAUAACUGAUUAAUAAAAGAACAACUUGGAAACAUUCCCAAGGAACCUAGGUGAUAUGACUUACCAUUCAACAGCUACAGAGAUAUUUGGGAACCUUUUAAAUCCAAAAAAACAUGAAAUGUCAUAUUUAAUUCAAGCACGUGCUGGAGCGUCAACUCUGCAAUUUCACACCCUUUUAAAAUAAAUAGGACCUGUGUGCUUAACACCAGAUAAUUUUGUGCUGAUUGAAACCAGCAU